AUGUCCACUGACGAUUCCGCGCAAGAUGAUAGUCCCGCCGGCAUCAUCGCCCAGCUUGCCGGCUACGACGCGCCGCGCCUCGCCGCCGACCCCCAGGCCCGCAUGACCGCCCUCGCGCUCUCCAAAACGCUGUCCGCCUCGCUCGAAGACCCCGAGACCUACGCCAUGGCCACCGCCCUAGCCCGAACCGCCUCCUGCGGACCUGCGGGCCACCAGGCGCUCACCGACCCGUCGCGGGGCAUCCUCCAGCGCGCGUUCCCCAACGACGACAACGCUCCGCGAUCGCCGUACGAGGUGCUCGAGGGGAUGCCCGCGAUGCACCGAGACUUCAACGCCGCCAUGGCCGUCGGCACCGGCCAGCCGGAGCCCUGGUUCCGACUCUUCCCCACCGCCGAGCGGCUUCUCCCUACCCACGACGACAACGGCACGACGCCGCUGCUUGUUGACGUCGCCGGCGGCCGCGGGCACGACCUGCAGGCCUUUCACGCCGCCUUCCGCGGCCGCGUCCCGCUCGUAUUGCAGGACCUGCCCGAUAUCCUCGACACCAUCCCCGCCGGCCUGCUCAACCCGCCGGCCGUCACCGCGCAGGCGUGGGACUUCUUCGGCGGCGAGCCCCAGCCGGUGCGCCGCGUGCUGCACCAGUGGCCCGACGGGCGCGCGCUGCGCAUCCUGGGCGCGCUGCGCGAGGCCAUGCUGGAGGCGGGUCCCCGCGGCUCCACGCUGCUCAUGUGCGAUGCAGUGCUGCCGGACGUCGGCGCGCCGAGGGCGGCAGUGCGAACUCGACAUGUCGUCAAGAUCUGGCAGACGCACCCGGGCGCCGAUGGUGUCAACGAGGCGGUGGUUGGUUCUUCGGAGUAA